UUAGAUAUCAUAAACACUGGCCAGGCUGUAGUGAAAGAUGUGUGGCUGUACAUCCAGCACCAGGAACACAAAAUCCCAUUCUCCGAAUCAACCGGGGACUGCUGUUUCAGACAAAGAAGCAAAUGCUAGUUCCAAAAAAAUGCCCAGACGUAUUCCGAUAUCCAAGCAACUGGCUUCUAUAAAAGCACUAGGAAAAGGCUCUGACCUGGAGAAAGCUGUUGCAACAGCAGCCUUGGUUUAUGAUAACGCCGCAGAUGCAGAUGGCAAACUCAGCAAAUCUGAUGCUAAAAAGCUGCUCGAGAGCCAGUUUGUGCAUUUUAUGCAGGGUCAAGAAACCAAACCAAAAUACCAAGAAAUAAUGUCUGGGCUUGAUGAGAACAAGGACGACCCAAUUGACUUCGAAGAUUUCAUGGUUCAGCUGCUUAGCCUUGCCCUGAUGUCUGACCUCCGUCAAGAGAUCCAAAAUGUGCAAAAAACUAAGUGACUAUGGAUGCUUCAUGUAACAGAUAAAUUGGCAAGGGAGAAGAGAGAAUCUCAUUUGUCAGGGAAGCUCCAGAAUGGAAAAUAUAUAAGGGGUGUGACUGGUAGAAUCACAGAUGACUACAUUGUUAGAAAGUAAUAAAACAAAUGUAGAAUCUGGUGUUGGAGUACAAUCUAAGCAGCAAAGAUCAGAUGUGAGAUUAGCAAACCUGUGUUUAUAUUCCUCUAAGUACAUGCUGGGUUGACUAAGGCUUCAAUGCAGAGCACAUUUACUAGAGAGUCAAUUCAGUUAAACCCAGUUGGACCUUUGACUAGAUAUGCAUAGCUGUGAGUGAUAAUAGAUAUUUUGAUUAAAUUACACAAUAAUGGAUGGAGAAGUAUAGCAGAAACAAAAAAACACCCUCAAUUGCUGUUCCCAAUCGAGGAAUAAUUAUACAGUACACUAUAAAGAUGCUGCAUGGAACGACUAUCCUGAGAGGGAAAGCUCUCUGUGUUGAUCCCAGAUAUCUUAUCCAUAUCAAGAGGCAAACAAGACAGAAAUACACACCUUCAUUCAUUCAAUGUGGGGCAAUGUGAAAGACAUUAGAUAAGGCCCAUCCAGGUACACAUGAGUUGCCUGCCCUCAUUAAACUGAAUUUGUAUUCUCAGAUGGUACCUUAUCUGACACUUUACCUUUUGCAUCCAAUAAAGAGUGUAAACAGAUAAAGCAUUUUGACACAUUUAAAACUUCACCAAUCUAUUUUAUUGAAAAGGGGGGGGGCAUCCCUCCUCCACCACUCAGAUUAGAACUCCAGAGGGUAAAUAUAUGACCUUCCUUCCUUCACAUACCUGUAAUACUGAAACAAACCAGCUCCAUUUUCUUAGAAUGUGCACUAAGUGUACCACAAUACAGUAAAAUGAAUUGAACAGUAGCUGUCAUCUAAGAUUUAAGAGCUUGAGAUGUGCAGUUAAACAUGAGCUUGAGAAAUGGAUGCAUUAUUCAUUCCCAAAUUAAAUUUCCAAGCUGAGAUUGAUAAAGAUUUCGGUGUGUAAAUGUGUAUAUGCUCCAUCCUGACAAUUUCAAUUAAUAUACUAUGUGUAAUAAAUAAUAAUAAACAGCAAAGCUAUA